AAGAAGGAGCUAAUGGUAACAUGCUAACAGCAUCAUGGCUAAUACUUGUAUUUUUCUCCAGACGUCCCGGUGAUUAAACGUGUCCUCGCCAUGUGUCCACGUCUGAGAUGGACGGAGUGAACACCGUGGUGUCUGUCGCCGUGGGGAGAUGUGUGGACGCCGGCGGCCUGCUGCUCGACCUGCUGGUCAGGACGUACGGCUGGCUGCUCCGCCUCCUGUCCGGCGUGGGCGGCUCCCUGCACGCCGCGCUGGUCGCCCUGAGCGGCUCCGGCCUGGUCGAAUACUGGAACUGCGCCGUUUUCUGCUUCCUCUCCGCCACCGAGGCCGUGUCCCGGGCGGCCUGCGGAGCGCUACACGUGGCGGAGAGCUGGCUGCAGGCGCUGGGCGGCGUGUUGGAGAGCUUUAAGAUGGUGGGGCACCUCUCCUGCCACAUGGCGUGGCGCGCCAAGGAGCUGCUGCACGGCUGGCUGGCGUCCGCGAGCUGCAUCCUUCGGCAGACGUGCGAGGGCGUCUGCAUCGCGCUCAGCCUGGCGCUCUACUUCGUCAACACGGUGGUCAACAUCGUCCUCAUCGGCACGCAGAACUGCGUGUCCGUGUUGGCGGGCGCGUGGGAGGCGCUGGCGAGCCCGGUGCACCGCGUGGCGGAGCUGGCUCUGACUCUGCUCACCUUCCUGUACAGCUGUCUGGUCGGCGCCUCCGUGCUGCUGUGGGCGCCGUGCCAGCUGCUGCUGGACAUCCUGGGAGCGGCGGGCCGCGUGUUCGUCACCGUUUUCACGGUGGACUCGCACGCCGUGCUCCUCGCAGCCGCCGCCGCCAUCCUGUCACUGGCUCUGCUGCUACUUAACCGCAGGCUGCCUGUCCUCGCCGCGCAGCUCGGCCUCAACCGUUUGGUUGCCGGGGCGCGGCGCGUCCAGACGAACACCCUUGGGCUGGACGCCGCUCUGCCGGAGAAUGCCCCGCCCAAUCAGGAGGUCGACGCCGGGGCACCACAGGAAGUGACGGACCCCGGCGCUUUGAUCGCCGAAGCCGACCUGCUGCCGGCCAAUGAAUCGAACCCGGCAGGCGCCGCGCAGCAGGUGGACGGCGAGGCUGCGACAACCUCCACUCCGGAGGGUGGUGGUGGCGGUGGUGGCGGUGGCGGUGGCGCCGCGCUGACGGACGGCGAGCUGCUCAGCCUGCUGAAGGAGCAGGAGGAGAGGAAGAAGUGCGUCAUCUGUCAGGACCGGAGCAAGACGGUGCUGCUGCUGCCGUGCCGCCACCUCUGCCUCUGCCGCCACUGCGCCGACAUCCUGACCCAGCGGCGGCCGGCGCCGCAGCGCUGCUGCCCGCUCUGCCGCCGGCCCAUCACGCAGACGAUGGACGUGUUCCUCUGACGCCAUUACCGGACACUUUCAUUUAUUCUUUGGGUAACACUUUACAAUAACCAACUACGUGAUGUUUAUAGACCGAUUAUUAACCAUUUACAAAGUGAAUGGAAAGUCAUAAUUAUGACGUUAAAAAGUUCGAAAUGAUGAGAUGAAAAGUAAUAAUUAUCAGAUGAAAAGUCAUAAUUAGGAGAUAAAAGUUGAAGUUAUGAGAUAAAAAGUCAUAAUUUUGAGAAAUUAUGAAAUAAAAAGUCAAAAUUACAACAUAAAAAGUCAUAGAUAAAAGUCAUAAUUUUGAGAUAAAAAGUAGAAUUUAUGAGGUUAAAAGUCAAAAUUAUGAGAUAAAAAGUCAAAAUGAUGAGAUAAAAAGUGGAAAUGAUGAGAUAAAAGUCAUAAUUAUGAGAUGAAAAGUUGAAAAUAUGAAUUAUAUAAUUAAUUAAAUAUUAUAUAAUUACUUUCGGCAGCCAUCCUCUGUUGAUAAAUUGCCCUGUUGAAUAUUAAUGUGUCCAGUUUUGUGAUAAACUCGCCAGCAGAGGUCAGUGUGAGUCAGAUAUGAACUGUUUAUGUUUGAUGACAUAUAAAUAUUUAAUCUUUAAAUGUUUUCAAACAAUUUCUUAAAGGUACAUGAAUCAUUUCAAAGUCAUUAACAUACUUUAUGUGGUGUUAAAAAUAUUAUAAUCAGUGCAACUAAAACUAUUGAUAAACUAUUAAUUAAAAUGUAAUUGUUCAUGCUAAAAUAAUUAUAAACUUACAUAAAUAUACCAUUUAUUUGUCAUUUAUAAAUGAUGAAGUUAGUUACACAUUAAUAAAUUAUGUAUUUAGUAUUCUAAAUGCCUAUAAACUGUUUAUAAAUGAUGAAUAAACAUUAAUAAACUAUCUGUUUACCAUUUAUAAAUGAUGGUUAUUGUAAAGUGUUACCAUUCUUUGUUCCUGAAGCUUCACUCUGAAACAUUUAUAUAUAUUUAUAUUUAUUUAUUUAAUGUUUGUUUGCCAAAAUGCCAAAAUUAAAGAGAAGCUCUUAAGUGUGAUGAUGAAUAUUAAUAUUAAAACCUGAAUAUUUGUGCCAAAGACUGAAGUUUCCUAAAAAAGUUUUGUUCUAUUAUUUAAUUUAUAUUUAUUUAAAGUAAAAUAAAAGUUGUCAACAUGUUAAAGACUGAACAUCUGAAUGUUUAUUAGUUUUAACACUUUGCUAAAACAUUGUUUAUUUCUCUUUAUAAAAACCUUAUUCCUUGAUUUUCUGCUUAUAAAUGCACAAAUGUUCUGAAUAAUUUAAAACUUUUAGACGCGAGACCGUCGUGACGUUUAUUGUGAUGAAUGUGAACAUUUUUAUAGUUUAUUAUUUAUUAAUUGUGUUCAGUGAAUAAACUUGCAGAAUAACUGAAAGAUUUCUUUGUUGUUGCUGUUUUCCUGCUAAGGACAGAAGCUGCUAAAAUCUAUAGUAGCAGUUAAUGAAUAAAUGUCCUUUUAAUGUAAUAAAAAGAUUAAAAUAAAUACAGUUAGGAAUUAAUUAUUUGAUAAAAUUACAAUGUUUAAUGAUUUUUCAUUUUCUUUAUUUACCUUUUGAAUUUAUUCCCAUUUUAUUAUUUACUUUUUUUCAAAACUUAAAUUUAAUGUGUAAUUUUUCUUCCUUUUAUUAAAUUAUCUACUUACAUUAUAUAUAUUUAAUGUAUAUAUUUAUUGCAUUUUUCUAAAUGUAUUUACUCAUUUUCAAAUUUCUAUAUUUUAUUUAUUAUUUUCCCAAACUGAUUUAUUCAUGCACUUUUUUUAAAAUUCAUGCAUCUUUUAAAUAAAGACAAUCAAUUUAGUUAUCAAGUCAAUUAUUUUUUAUUUAUUUUGGCAGGUUCUGCAUGAAUAUAAAAAGUGUUUUUUUGUUGUCUUUCUUGAAAAAUAACUGCCCUAACUUUUGCACAAGUUAUUUGUUCAUUUUCAGAAACAGACUACACAUCAUAUUUAACGUUAUUUUUUUCAUACGGUCACUCUGUAAAGAUAAUAAUAUUUUCACUGGAGCUGUUCUGUCUGUUCGCUCUGAUGUUUGUUAGCGUGACCGUUGUUGGAAUGAGGUUUGUUUGCAAACAAAGAAUCUUGUGCAUAUUAUUUUAUUCAAAUACACUAUAUGGACAAAAGUACAUAAAUAAAACUUUAAUAUGGA